UGAUCUAUCGUCGAGUGCAACCGAGUUCCUCGCUCGAGUGUGAUCGUCACGAUUCGCACUCAGUUAGUUGCAUAUCAUCGAACGAAACCUGUGGACAGUUUUUCACGUGUUCCACGAUAAUCGCAUUGCAACAAAGAAACGAACGUGAACGAACCGACAAACGUUUCCGUAGUUGAAAGAUCUUUCUUUUUAAUCGGCAAACAACUCUCUCUCUGGCAAUGAACUUGCGCCUAUCGUGUUAGUGUAUUCGCGGCCACGAAACUGGAUAGUUCGUCCUGUUGAUCGUUCCACCGUUGGAAUUUUAUACCAAGUGUGUACGUUGCAUUGUUGCACACAAGAGACACUUGAACCUAGAUCUUGUCCUCAACAAUGUUCUUCAGAUUCUCUAUAUUCGUCGGCCUGAGUUCCGUGGUAGCGACUAUUAUCUAUCUGACACCUAUACCACAACAAAUAUUCCUCUCGUGCGACAGACCAUGCCAUCACCUGGACUGGCCCAUGAUUUGUCGAGUGAAACUCACUUUGGAAGUGUUCCAGUCACUCAGCAAAUCGUGCGGCGAUUGUCCGAGGAACGAGACCGCGUGUUUGGCCGAUCAUUGCGUCUCGGCCGAUGGACAGAGACGCGGUAUACUGACCGCGAAUCGUCAGAUGCCUGGGCCCACUAUUCAGGUUUGCGAAAACGACAUCCUCGUGGUGGACGUGAUCAACAGGCUGCCAGGUAAAGCCGCCGCUAUACACUGGCGGGGUCAGAGCCAGCUCGAGACACCGUACAUGGACGGCUCACCUUUGGUCACUCAAUGCCCGAUACCGAGUUACACCACUUUCCAAUAUAAAUUUCGCGCCUCCGCCGCUGGAACCCAUUUGUGGCACGCCCACGCCGGGGACGACGUCUCGAAUGGCAUAUUCGGGGCGUUGAUAGUGAAGCAAGCGGACAUAAGAGAUCCUCACAGGGCAUUGUACGACAUCGACGACCCGAGUCACGUGAUUCUGGUGAGCCAGUGGCAGCACUCGGGCGAGAUCACGUUCACGGAUGGCCACGCGAAGCCUGCCAUCCUUUUGGUGAACGGUCGAGGACGUCAGCCGAACGGGCCGAACGUUCCUUUGACCAAGUUCACCGUCCUCCCUGGACGACGUUACAGAUUCCGCCUGGCCAACGCCGGUGGUGCCGGAUCCUGUCCAAUAACUGUCCUCCUCGAUGCUCACCCCCUUCUUCUGAUCGGCCUCGACGGCCAGCCAGUCGAGCCGAGACAAGUUGCAUCGAUUACUUUGGCCAAAGGGGAGAGAGCGGAUUUCGUGGUGAAAGCGAAUAAACGGAUAGCCUCCUACUGGAUCAACGUACACGCGUCGAAAGAGUGCGGAACGAGUCCCAUAAAUGGCGCCGCGAUAUUGAGCUACAAGGGAAGUUCAACGGAGGACCCGUUGUCCACGGCGGAAGCCGUCCAACAGCCGGAAGCCGAGGAAUCGAACGAUCGAGUCGCGAUGACGACAAACCCAGCGGACAAGUGUGGAAAUCCCGGCAGUCUGUGCGUGACGGAACUGCACUCGUUGAGGAAGAUGCCGUCCGGGCUGGGAAAACAGAAAACAGACGUGACCGUUCGUUUGCCCAUUAAUUACAAGCUUCAAACGAGCGACAUCGUAGGAAACGAGGUCGGGACGAGAGUUCUGAACGUGAACAACGCCACGUUCACGUAUCCAUCGUCGCCCUUGUUGUCGCAGGGCGGGGACGUCUCCGGCGAGACUAUGUGCUAUUCAACCCCCGACGAGGACGACGCUCGCGCCGAGAACAACGAAACUGCAUCGUUGUCGUCGCGACGCUGCCGCCACGCCGAUGCUACCGCCUCCAACGUUUGCGAAUGCGUCCACGUGAGGUAUAUACCGCUUGGAGCUACCGUCGAGAUCAUUCUCCUCGACCAAGGUGGCCUCGACGACCUGGUGUAUCAUCUGCACGGAUACACGUUCUACGUGGUCGGAGCCCGAAAAUUCGGGCGCAGCGUGUCCCUGCAGGAGUUGAAGAGCAUGGACGACAAGGGGCAACUGUUCUCACGGAAUCUCGACUGCACGGUUGCCAAGGACACCGUGGUCGUGCCGAAAUUCGGCGCGGUUGCUCUCAGAUUUAAAGCGAACAAUCCAGGUUAUUGGAUGCUGCGAGACGAGCACGCGGCCGAAUGGACACGUGGAUUGGACGUGAUCCUCCAAGUUGGGGAAACGAGCGACAUGGUCCCGGCUCCGGAAGAUUUUCCCAAGUGUGGAUCCUUCGUUGGCCCGGAAUACUUUCUCAUAUAGCGUUAAACAUCCCCGUACACCGUGUACAUACUUGUAAAUAAAAAUACGGAUAGAGACUGAAAGUAACGUAACCCGCGAAUAUUUCGUAUUUCAUUAUCCUUUCUUUCUUUCUUUCUUUCUUUCUCGCAAUUGAGCUUACUCGUUUCUUCGUUAUUGUAUAAACAUCUACGUCAGAACUUCUAAUGUAAUAACAAUAAAUAUAUCGC